UUGAUUUUUGCGCGUGCGCUAGUGUCUCAAAGCUCCCAAUGGUAGAUGGGAUUGUUCUCUUUCGCGGCAGUCAUCAUGGCGGCUCAAGUCAGCAAGAAAAAGAAGUUCGUUGCUGAUGGCGUUUUCAAGGCCGAGUUAAACGAGUUUUUAACUCGUGAAUUAGCAGAAGAUGGGUACAGUGGUGUAGAAGUGCGUGUUACUCCGAUCCGAACUGAGAUCAUUAUUUUGGCCACUAGGACUCAGAAUGUCCUGGGAGAGAAGGGACGACGAAUCCGUGAACUUACCUCAGUGGUACAGAAGAGAUUUGGAUUCCCUGAGGGAACUGUAGAGUUGUAUGCAGAAAAGGUGGCCACAAGAGGUUUGUGUGCUAUUGCCCAGUGUGAGUCCCUUAGGUAUAAACUGAUUGGUGGACUGGCAGUGCGCAGGGCUUGUUAUGGUGUGCUUCGAUUCAUCAUGGAGAGUGGAGCCAAAGGCUGUGAAGUUGUGGUGUCUGGGAAGCUCCGUGGUCAGCGUGCCAAGUCCAUGAAAUUUGUUGAUGGUUUGAUGAUUCACAGUGGAGACCCAACCAAUCACUAUGUUGAUAUGGCUAUUAGACAUGUCUACCUCAGGCAGGGUGUGCUUGGAAUUAAAGUGAAGAUCAUGUUGCCAUGGGACCCCACUGGCAAAACUGGACCCAAAAAACCACUCCCAGAUCAUGUCAGCAUUGUGGAGCCCAAAGAGGAGGUUGUUCCAGCCACACCUAUCUCUGAACACAAAGGAGGCAAACCUGAACAGCCAGCACCAACUCCUGGAUUGUAGAGUUACCAGUUCUGAAAGCUUCAACCAGCUGUUUGCCAUCUUGCUGUGUAAAAAAUAAUUCCAAGUAUUGAAAAUAAACAACUAGUAAACAAAG